ACGAGCAUUAUGACAAUCGGAGUAUGUCCUGCAAAUGUCCUCCAUUAUCAGCCGAAAAACAUAGUGACCCAUGAAGUAAUGGUUUCUCGCGGUUCUGUAGAAGUUGUGGUACCAUCCGAGUGUUCACAUCGGUCAUUCCUUGCGCCGACCGACUCGUUGAUAACUUGCAGAGAAUGUUUUUGCACGAUGACUGCAGCUUCGUUCACUGCUGCCGAAGCAUAUAGGAAUGGAGGUGUCUCAAAGGAACUGGCUAUGACACUUGAUAAUGGACUGGAUUUCCCGUUUACUUCUAUAUACGAUCAAACUCAAAUUGAAGGCUUACCACCGGCGCAAGGCACUCGUGCUAUAGCACCUAAGCCUAUGGAAGUACCACCAGCAGUUCCACAUCUUGGAAAUGGGAUGAGAAGUACCGAGUCGCCAAGAUUGGCUGUACGACCAAUUGUUAGCAGUACUCGAGUUGCUACCGUAGCUCCGCUAUUGAACAGGGGAGCAUUGCCCGUUCUGAAACGUCGUCCAGCUCAGAGUAGUAGCUCCGAUGUUAUCACGCUUGGUGAUGAAGAACCCGGUCCAUCAACAGCAAAACGACUGCCACCGCCUGCACAGAGAACGAGGAUGAGUGAAGUCACUGCCGCGAAAUGCAAGGUUUGUGAUGCUCCUAUGCCAUCAGCUCAGAUUUUAUCACUACAUGAACUGCACAAAAACGGAAUGAAAUGGUUUUGUCUUGAUUGUGCAAGCGCACAGAUGGAUGAAGUUGAGGCAAUGAAGCAUUAUUUCACUGUGCAUGUAAAAGUUGCAGAGCAAAAAGCCAUUGAGAGAGGUCAGUUGUUCCGGCCUUUGCAUUAUGACCUGCAGUGUCCAUUCCCUAAAUGUCGAGAGCCGCUGUCAACGCUCACCAACCUUCGAAUUCACAUCAAUAAUAAGCAUAGAUCAGAAACAGCGUAUUCAUCAAGUGCUUGCAUGUUCCGGUUCUGUUCACCGUUUGCGAAAUCAAAACAUGACGGGCAACAUUCAACAUAUGAGAGUGUCAAUGGUGUGGAAGGGACGUGUUGUCCGCUUUGUGGCACGCUGAAUCAAUGGAAUAUACAGGGUGCAAUCUUUUCUGUUCUAGAUGCCUGGUUCCUCAUAUACUAUGAGCCAUAUUGCUGUACAUGGUUUGCGCCGAUACCAUAUGUGUCGCGACUGCUUUGUUUGCUUCAAGGGUGA